GAAAAAUAGGAGAGUAAAUUUUUCGGAGUUAACAUUAUUUUCCUCUGAAAGAGUCAAGUUUAUACAUUAGAGAGUGAAAUCAUUUCAAUUGGUCAAUAGAAUCGGAGUAAAAAAAUAGAGGAAAUCAUAUCGGAGUAAAACAAGACCACGCCCACUGAAGUUCCUUAAGUUUCGUUUCUUCCACCAUCUUGUUAUCGCGCAGUGGAAACGGAGGCGAGGGACGGUUAGCUGUGUGCGAGGAUGCAAGCUGUGCGUGUGAAAUACAGAGAUCGACAGAAAUACGUCUGUUUUGAAGGCCAACUGACUUACUGUUCGUUUUUGGAAUGUGCUGCCAAAAAGUUCUGCAUCCCAACCUUGGAAUUAAAAGUCUUUGAUGAUUCAAAGACUGAAGUGGAUGAGGAAGUUUUUGAGCUCCUUUUGAAAGGUCCGAACCUUGGUGUGCUAGAGAUUUGUGAAGCACAAGAUCUCGAUCCAGAAGGUAAUCCUAUGGAUCAGCUAAAUUGUGCAGCAAGCAGCUCCUUUACGAGUUCCAGUGGAGAAACUGAAGUGGACUCAGAUGACACCAUUAUAUUGCAACAUAGUCCUGCAACAAGACAGAGAGCUAAAGACACCUCUCUUGCCCACAUGAUUGAAAAUGUUUUAAAGAACAAACCAGGAGGAGACAGGAUCAUAAAUGAAUAUGCACGGACUAAAAGCCUAACAGACAGCAGACGGCGUGACAUGGUCAAGAUACUGGUUGCGCAAAUGACAAGUGAACAUGGGACAAGUCCUUCCAGACAUGUAAAAGAAGACUAUGCAAAGGGUAUUAUUACCUUGUUCCCUUACCUGGCUGAUCCUAAGAGCAGAUUUGGCUAUGAGCAUUAUUACAAUGCAGAAGAUGGAAGUGGGUAUCUGGCUUGGAGACUGAAGUUUGUCCAGAGGGAAGCUUCUAAUGGACAAAAGAAGGUCCCCAGAUUGUCACAAACCCAAACAGGGGGACCAACAACUGAUAGGGACUGUCUGAGAGAAGAAGACUAUCUUCUGACAGAUAGCUUGUGUUCUGAGGCCAUUGCGCUGAUGAAGCACACCGCUGACGAAGGAACUGUUAUGAGGAAGAUGGAACAGACUUUCAACUAUCGCCAGAAGAUGAUUUAUGACCCAAUGAAGUCAUCUAGCAUCUUUUUGGACUUCCCAAGAUUCCUGGACAUAGGAGGAUUGGUUGAGCAAGAUUUUACAUUGAUGUUUGGGGAAGCCAUCUCUGCAAAGUUCCUGGAGAAGUGGCCCACUGUCUACAAGCAGAAAGUCCUCAAACAAAGCCGUGGUCUCACACAGUCUGAUGACCUUGAGAACCUUCUUCACAAUGCUGAAGGCACAACAGAAGUGGAAAAUGGAUGGGACAGUGACAUGUCAUCCAUUUUGAUCCUAGUCCACCUCCUGCCACCGUCACCUCAUGGGCGCAAGAGACCAGGAAAACUCUCAGCCAGACAAGCCAGUGAACAUCUUGUGAAGUUUGUCAAGACAGGAACCAGCAUCCAGGAGCACCUUGAUGGCAUCGCAGAAAGCCGUCAACCAUACCUGCUUGCAGUAGGGACUCAGAGGAGCGUGAUUCACAAGUACUUCAUUGUGAUUGACAAACAUGCCAUACCUUGUAAAUCACAAGGUUCUCUUGCCUGUUUUGAUGAGCUUUUUAAAGCUCACUUUGUGUUCGGCACUUCAUAUGAUCAUGAUCUGGUCAAUGUGUACAACUUUCUGCAGACCGCCAUUUAUGAGAUAGAUGUUGAGACAACCAAAGUGAAUCCUAGGGUUGCAGAGUUGAGGGCUCGGAUGCUGCGUUAAGUAGUUGUCAAUUCUGAUUGUUUCAAUAUCAAGUUGGAAUGUUCUGUUUCAUUUGUAAGAAGUACCAGACAAAUGCUAAUUCUCUGACCAAGCACUUAAAAGUUAUCCACGGACUUUGCUCUGGUAAGACACUUCGUCUUAAAUGUGGUCAGGGAGGUUGUGCUCAAGUUUAUGGCACAUUUUCUGGGUUCAGAAAGCAUCUCAAUAAAGCACAUAAUAAACACACUUCUAAUCCUGGUGAAGGCCCAUCUACAACUGAAGAGACAUUUGAAAAUCAAGAUUUGCCCUCUAUGAGUGCCACUUCUGAUUCAGUCCUGCUUCAAAAAUCGCUUGUGCAUAGUUGCGCAACAACAGUUGCUGAACUUAAAGUAGCAGGUGUAAGUGAAAGAGCAAUUAACUCUUUGGUCAUUUCCCUGGAAGAAAUAGUUAAUGAUAUUCAAAAUCAAGCAAAAGAAUCUGUGAAAAACAGUCUUUCCUUACAAGAACCUGUCAAACAUGACAUUGAGUGCAAAAUUGAUCAAUGUUUUGAGAAAAUGGAAAAUCCUUUCAUGGCAUUAAAUUCUGAAAGUAAAAGAACUCGUUUUUUGGCAGAGAAUUGGGGACGUGUAGACCCAGUAGAAUAUGUCCUUGGUUCCAGAUUUGAGACACUGCGCAAUCGAACCACAGGGGGCUAUGAUCAGGUUGUUGUUACAGAUAAAUUUGUUUACAUCCCAAUUUUGGAAACAUUGAAGUUCAUUUUCAGGCACCCUUAUGUAGAGGAGAUGAUGGCCAAGUCAAAUUCAAGUGAAACUCUUACAGACUUGUCUGAUGGAGAACUUUUUAAGAGCCAUACUCUGUUUUCAAAACAAAAUCAUGCCCUACAAAUUCAACUUUUCUAUGAUGAUUUCGAAACAGCUAAU